AUGAAGGGCAUCACCCUUGUUUUUCUGGCAGCCACAGGCUCCCUUUUCCCAGUCGCCCUCGCUCGACCAGCUUCACCAUUAUUACCUCGUGACGAAGCCGCCUCCUUGACCAAUACCACAACAGACAUCACAUCAGCCGAAGCCGAAACCAACACAAGCGACACCGAUGUUGAAAGUGGAACGGCUGGCAAGACCCCUUCAGCAGUAGCAGCCAACUGGGGCCAGCCACAAUGCAAGACUCAAGCGCUCUACGAUUUGUGUACAGCCAGCAACGCAGAGGCAUAUUGCGAUUCCGUUGGAUUUCAUAACAAUUUCAUGGCCAGCUGCAAGCCGCCGAAUUGCUGGUGCGAGUAA